AUGGCCACAUUAAGGAGUGAGGACUGGGUACAAGAAAAACUAGAUUUCAUAUGCUCCACCAUCGCGAGUGUGGAUCAAGAGUGUUUAAAACUAGAGCUAAGGCAGUGUGAAAAUGAUGACGAAUUGGAAGCACUUUUUCAAAGUUUGUUGUCAUCCAGCGAGGCUUCACAGUCCUUAAAUAAUCAAAUGCCUGGGACAGAUGGCCCAGGCCUCGUAGAGGUGACAACUGAUGAAGAAGGACCAGAUUUUUCAGCUGCUGAAAACCAGAGUGUAAGUGAAGAAAGGUCAGAUGUAUCAGUUGCUGAAAACCAGAGUGAAAGUGAAGAAGGGUCAGAUGUAUCAGUUGCUGAAAACCAGAGUGAAAGUGAAGAAGGGUCAGAUUUAUCAGUUGCUGAAAUCCAGCGUGAAAGUGAAAAUCUUGACGACGAUGUCAGUGACAUUGAUUCAAGAAGCUGGGAUAUGAUGGAUGAUGCAAGCAGCUCAGAAAGCAUGGAAAUUUUCCAAAUCCUAGAGGAUAACGAGGACUCAGGAGGUAGCAGCUUGCAUUUGAGUAACAAUGGCGUUGAUGACAGUGUAGAAUCAGAUAAUGAAAGUACAGAGAGCUUCCAGGAAGAUGAAGGAAGUUCUGAGAUUAUUGAAAUUAUUGUCGAAACUAGUGACAACGAUGAUGAUGAUGAUGACAGUGAUUUUGGUGGCUUGGAUGCAACUGGUAAUAACUUCAAUGAAGAGGUUAUGGUUUUAGGAGUACAUUCUAAUCAUCCAGAGAGAACAGAGGUUAAUGAUGUAAUUACUGAGGAAAUACAACCAGUUGCUACGAGACAGUCGACAUUGAAGGAAGUGAGUAUGAUAGAUCAGGCUGUAGCUCAUGAAAAUUAUGAAAAGGACAAGAUACUUGCAUGCAGGAUAGAAGUUAUCAACAACAUAUUCAGUGACGCUGACCCAGAUUUCUUGCAAGAAAAAAUUAAUGGCUGCUUGACUGUAGGGGAUGAUGAGAAAGCAUUUUCCUCAUAUGUCGAAAAACUCCUGGAAAAUAAAAAGUACCCAACUAUGAAAGACUAUAUUAAGAGGAUGGAAUCUAUGCCAGAGGAGAAUGCUGAAGAACAUGAUGACGAGGAGGAAGGUAAUUAUGCAGUGGGUAACUUUGCCAUUAAAUGUUCAAUAUGCUUGGAAGACAUAAUUUACAGGGAAAUGGGAAGCUGCAAUUCCAUCCAUAACGAACACAUCUAUUGUCUGCAGUGUAUCAGAAGGUAUACAGAAGCAGAAAUAGAACAAGGCCGGGCAACCUUUAGAUGUAUGGAAAGUGGCUGCAAGGGGGAGUUUUCCCUGAAAAUUCUCAGAAAAAUCAUGAGCAGAGCAGCUCUAGCCAGGGCCUACGAACAGCGGCAGCACGAAGAGGUAUCUGCGGCAAACAUAGAGGACUUGGAGUCCUGUCCAUUUUGCAACUACAAAGCCAUCAUGACAAAUCGUGAAGACAAGGUCUUCGUAUGCAUGAAUCCUAGAUGCAUGAAAGACUCUUGCAGGUUAUGCAAAGAAGAAAACCACAUUCCCCUACGAUGCGACGAGGUUGAAAAGGACAUUCAGAAAGAAGCACGAAAGAAGCUUGAAAACAAGAUGUCUGAGGCCAUGAUCAGGGAAUGUCCACAAUGCAGAAAACGUUUUAUCAAGCAACAGGGUUGCAACAAUGUGACGUGCUCGUGUGGUGCCACCGUAUGUUAUUACUGUAGACAUCUGACAAACAGUGAUCAUCACAAGAAAUCACAAGUCUGUCAACAGAAUUCUAACGAGGACCAAAUCCAUCAGGAGGAAGUUCGGCGUGCAGCAUACGAAGGAAAGCUGGAAAUAGAUCCAAACAUUAAACUCAUUCACGAUCCCACACAAGGUAUUUUGUAACUGUUUAGAAUAUAGUAAUAGUUCCUGUGAUUACGUUAAUAAAAAAAUACACUCGGUAAUAUGUAAGAAAGAAAAAUACUAAUGUCCUGAAAUGUAUUAGUAUCUUGAUCUACAGCUAUGUUUUGUUAUGGUGAUCUCUCAAACAAUUUAAUGCCAUAUCUCCUCAUAUUAGCUUUUACAGAAUUUAAUGCCGUAACACCUUACAGUAGCUUUAUAAUUAUGGUUUUUUCUCUUAGUAUACUACAUCUCUCUUUCAUUAUUAUUGGCUAAGAUCACAAGGAGAUAGAGUACUUUAUUCAGUAACCACAAUGUAAUGCAGUUUGUGGACAUUAUUCAUACUUUUUCUGAAAGUUACACUAUAUUGUGCUCCAUUUUAGAAGUAUGUAUUCUGAAGGCGAUUGCAGCUAAGAAAUUCAUGGAUUGCUGAACACCCUCUAUGAACUUAUGUAUGCUCAGAAUCUUGUGUUAUUCAUUUAUGAAUGAUAUGGUUUCUUUGACUAGAAAGCAAAUUUUUCCAAGUUGUACUCAAACUCAAGCGUUGGUCUCGAUAGUAAGAGGGUGGAGAUUACAUAAAUAAAAGCCUUUUAAUAGCUAAUGUAAUUGUGUUAUUGUAUCUUGUGAUAUCACUACCCUGUACACAAAUUUUGGUAACUAAUUUAAGUCUGUGAUUUUACUUUAGAAUGUAGAUACUGUGAUAAUAUUAAGUUUUAUAUUGUGCCUGUUGUACAGAUGUGUACAGAUAUAUACCAGCAUGUGCUACCAUGUUCCAUGAUUGUAUUACCAACACUGGAUAAUGUGCAUGAACAAAAUUCACACAAAUAAGAUCUUUUCUUCAAAUAUGAGUACCAAACAAUUAUCUCGCAGCAGCUACAGACUUAUGCAUGGCAAUGGUUGUAAAAAUGCUAUAUACGUAUAUAAAAAUUAUAAGUUUUGAAUUUUCUAGUGGGUAAAUUGCAGUAGCCACCUAACAACUAUAUAUUGGAGGUUAACAACUUAAGCUACAUUGUCCGGUUGAAUAAGUAAUGAACCAUGUCUGAUUAAACAAUUAAGCAACUAACCGUCUUUAAUUAUGGUGGUUGAUUACUGCAAUUUCAGUAUUACUUGAACUUUAUUACAGAAGAAAAAUAGGAUUUUUUUUUGGGUGUAGGCAUACUAUGUGCUAAGUGUAAUUUUCUGUUGUUGGGGAGACAGGUUGUGUCCUUGAAUUUUGUCAUGAGCAGAGGUGUGAUGAUCAAAUCAAUAAAACAGAGAGCUUUUGGGAAAUAGGUGAAGCGGUAUAUAAAAUUUAUUAUACUCUGUUUUGAUAAAGGUUGUACUGUAGUCCUUAUUCUUCUAUUUUUGUUAAAGGUUGUAUUCUUUAAGUGAAAUUUGAAUAAUAAUGUCUGCAAUAUUUCAGUUUUUAUUUUUACAUUAUUUCUAUAAGUACAUUUUGAAUGUCAUGAAUUGAGUUAAACUUUGUUUUAUAUAGAAUUUUAUACUGCACAAAGGCUAACAGGUAUUGUAUACUUACAAGUACAGUUUCUCUUUGGUGGAAUUUGUGAAAUAAAAUAAAAAAAAUUUACAAGGUA